CACUACACAAAGUCUGGCAUUUCCUAAGCUACCAAUUCUUUUCUGGCUGGGGCGCAGUGAAACUACACAUCUUUUGGAAAAACUCAUUUCAGUUAUCGAAAACCGAAAAAAUGAAGACAUCAAUGUCGUGGAUCAUAUUUAUUAUUCUUUAUAUGGAGAAUGCACAAAAAGAGAAAACCCCAACUCUAUGGUUCGCAUGACGGAUGGUAAACCUAUUAAAGAUUGGGUUUUGUCCUUCAAGGACAACACAGAAAACACGAUUCUCCAUAUUGUAGUACAGUCUGCAAGAGAGGACGAUUUCGCUACCAACAUUGUUAACAAAUUAAUAAAUGAUGAGGCAGAUAUAAAUGCUUCUAACAGAAACAGGAAGACUCCAUUGAUGCUUGCUGUUACCUGGCCCAUCAGUCGACAACAUGUCAUCACAGAAUUGGUCAAGAACAACUGUGAGAUUGAAAGUAAAGACCGUAAUGAAAAUUCUGUCUUUCAUUGCUGUGUCGAUGCAGACACUGAUGACUUCACCUGUUCAAAUAUUAUAGGUAUUGUUUUAAGUACCAAGAAAAGAGUGGAUUUAUCUAUGGGCAACACACGUGGGUUAACUGCUUUAAAUUUAGCUUGUGAAAACACCAAAAACAGUAGAAUUUUAAGCAUAUGUAAAUUACUUGAGUAUGGUUAUUCUGCCGAGCAAGACGGAAAAAAAUAUAGAGAAAUGGCGCUGGUAGAUAAAUUAGACAAUGAAGGGAAGAAUCCCAUUUUCAACGCCAUUUCCUGUUUAACAGGUGAAGAUGAAUUAAUGGAAAUGGAGCGGCUACUUCGAGUUUGCAUAUUAUUACUAUAUGGCGCUGAUCCAUACCUAAAAAGUGAUGACGCCGAUAGAUCUGCUUUUGACUUUUGCAAGGAAAAAUGCUACGGAGACUUGGAAGCGAUCAUGACAUCAAUACCAAAUUUCAGUAAAAAUGAUACAGACAAAUUGACCGAAUCUCGUAUGCUCGAAGCUAUAAACAGGGGCAUAAAGCGACUCUCAAAAACCCAUACUACUGGUGACCAACUGGAAAUCACCAUGAAUUUCCCCAAAAAGAUAUCGGAUGAAAUGAAGAAAGGUUUAGCUAGUGCUGUUCAGUACCUGGCAAAGAAACCAUUCAUUAGUAGCUCAGAAAACUAAACUUUCAACAAUAGAGAAAGCAUAGUUUUUUAGUUAUUGAUGUAGAUAAGUUGGAGAAAUGAAAUCAACCCUGUCCUGUGCCAACAAACCACUGGCAGUCUCACAGUUUUUACCGAUGAGAGAAAUAUCUACUCUGACAUUGCAAAUACAAUAAU